UGUCGUGUGGCAUAAUAGCGGUUACUAAAGCGAUCAAGCUUGUUUAUCGAUUCUGUUUAACAAGUUAUGGUUAUCUGGUUCCGUGAGUCACUAAAUACGAGUGUUAAUUUGCGGUGAAACUCGUGCCGUAAGUUAACAGUAAACCUUUAAAAUUAUGCGGUGACGGUGGCUUGCGAAGUCGAACUCAAACAAUAGACUCCAACCCUAGACAUUCAAUGUCGGCAUCGUUGAGGGAAAGGUGAAUAUGUAGCACCUUGGCGAAUUUCCUCACCGGAAUCUAAGAGCUAUUUCCAUUCCUUCAAAUUAUGUCUCGUGUGCAGCGGGCUCUCCAACUGGAAGAUGACGAACCGGUGUCAGAAGUUACAGUUAAGCUUGAGUACGUGGACUCGUCUGAGCUGGUGGAGUCCGUGAUGACGAGUCCAUCUCCGUACCAUCUGUUGGAUCAUGAGUAUGGCCAGACUCCUCAGAACCAGAUCAUGACCGGACCCCCCGCCCAGCCCCCCCGCUCACAGGCAGUGAAGCGAAGACUUAACCUGGAUGCCCCUUCAGGAGAUGAAGGAUUCAAAACACCAAAGUCAACCAAAAAAGCUCGAGCUACGAGCGCUAGCCCAGCUAAUAAAAACAAGCCUCCAAUGACGAGGUACGACACGUCUCUGGGACUGUUGACCAAGAAGUUUGUCGGACUGCUGCAGAACUCACCCAAAGGAGUAGUCGAUCUCAACGUGGCCUCUGAGUGUCUGGAAGUGCAGAAGAGGCGGAUCUACGACAUCACCAAUGUGCUCGAAGGCAUCGGCAUUCUUGAGAAAAAGUCAAAAAACAAUAUACAGUGGAAGGGAGGCCAGAUUCCUAUGGACUCGCAGAACAUUCUACAAGCGGAGAUAGAUGAUCUGGCUCGACAGGAAAAUAUUUUAGAUGGACUUAUCAGGAAUGCAGCUCACGAUCUCCAAAUAAUGAAUGAGGACAAACGGUACGGCUACAUAACUUACCAGGAUCUCCGCAGCUUUUUGUCUCACAAACAGACGUCGCUGGUCAUCAAGGCACCUCCUGAGUCUAAACUGUAUGUAGAGUCACCUGAAGGAAAAUACGACAAAGAGAACAAACAGCUUGAGUUCAACAUGCAUCUGAAGACUGACCAAGGAGAGAUUGAGGUUUUCUUGUGUCCUGACGAGAGAUCUUCACAACAAAGGGUACACAAUCAACACUGGGCCACACUGGACGAGGUGAUAGUCAAGGAGGAUAGGCUACACUCCGAGCCGUCUACUUCUACGUCCAGUCCGCCCAAACCUUCCACCUCCUCCAGCGAUAUGGACGUGCAGGGGCUGUUACCAGACCACCUCAACCCAGACCUGCAGCUGAUGAUCAAGACGGAGGCCUAUCCUCUAGAGUCCUCAGGUAGUGGGGUACCCCCUCUGGCACCUGAGGUGACCCGUCGUCUGCGCAACGCUCUCAUAUCCGAGGCAGACGACCUUCAACCCUACCAGCUGCAGACGGAGGACCAACACAGUUCUGAAGCGGACGACCUUUCUUGUCUCACCUCAGAGCCGUUCCUGCAACUAGAACCUCCUCUCUCCGAGUCUGACUACUCCUUCACUCUCGACAAUGAUGAGGGCUUCAAUGACCUCUUCCUCGACAAUAUAUUUAGCUCUGCGCUGUAAUGCUCGUAAAACACCUCUUCUCUCCUUUCUUUCGUCACGAUUGGUGUUUCUCUUAGUUUUCAUGGUAGAUCGAGGAAUCUUGUUUUAAUGCCAAAUUGAAUUCACCUUUUUGCUAUUAUUUUCUAGAAUUCACUCUAAUCAGUUACAACAUUUGCUUUACUUAGUAUAGGAUGAUACAAGAAUCACUUACUUGAUUAAAACUUUAUUGGUAUGUAUGUUACUUUAAACUCUCACUUAACAUGAAGAAAUAUUAAAAUAUUUGUGAGUCUAAUCACAAUGUUUAGGUAUAAAAAAUGUAUCAAUUAAAACUUCAAAUUAAAGCCUUUAUUUCGAGGAGUAUUUUAAGACCAAGACAUAUAUAAUCAACUUAAAAAUGGAGUUGCAUAUCAUUGAUUACAGAUAAGUUCUAACAUAAUUAUAAUUAUUGUUGAUUCGUGAUUCAGCAACGUGCUUCAGGAACAUCCGAUCUUAAUAAUCAAUUGCUCAAAUGAAAGCUGGUAUUUCACUUAAGGUUCUUAGACCAAAACAUAUAGGAUAAUGUAAUAAGAACUGGUGAAAUACAUCUUUAAUUGAAGUAAGAAUUUAAAACAAAUCAAAUUUUUGGUUGAGAUAUAAAGUAGAUAGUCGAAUGAUGAUGCUUGAUGGCAAAUCUGUGGAUGCAUACCUUUAAUUUAAUCCUAAAAUUAUUAAAAUCGGUUGGGAAGAAGUGACAAACCGAUUUGGAAAAGAAAAACCUCUAUUUCUUAAUAGGCCUAUUCAGUAAAGAUUUCAAGAUGAUAAUAUUUUUUUUAUGAAUUUACUGUGGAUUUUUCAUUUUAUACUUCAAUUUUCUCCAAACAAAUCAGUUAGAGGGUAAAUCAAAUACUUUUGGAAAAAUUAACAGUAGUUUUAUCUGGUAUUUUGUACUCAUUAUGACAACCUAUGUUGUAAGAUAUUCUCAAAAAUAAUUUUUAGUAAGAAGAGGGUAAAAUUGAUUUAAAACAGAGUAAAGCAUUCACAUCCAGUUAUAUGGUUAAAUGGCACCACAAAUAUAGAUUUGAUGGUUAGCUUAACCACCAUUUGAAGAAAAAAAUAUGUGAUUGGUUAAUCUAAAUUGUAUUAUAUUUAGUUUACAACUUUCUAUUUCAAAUUUUCAUUGGUCAAAUGUCAUAAAGUAAAGCAAAUGUUGUAGUAUUUAGUAACUGUUGUCAUCAUCUUGUAUUUGUUUUUGUUCUGUCACGUGCAUAUAUGUUUUUAUUGUUUAUACUAGUUUAUUUGUUCUAUCAAAAGUUUACUUGAAACGAUACAUUUCUGUCAAUAACAUUUUUGUAGCGUGUAUACAUUGUAUAUACUAGUACUUACACAUUUUUGAACAUUUUCAUUAGGACUAGCUUUACUAGAGGCGUUAGUGUUGCUGUUUUCAUCAGCUGUUUCUGUAUCAGCACUAAUGUAUGUAAGACUGUAUAUUUGACUCAUUUUAUUUAUAAGAACCGUUAAUUAUCAUUUCCAUUUAUGUAUAUUUUGUACAUAAUACUUGUUGAUUCGCUUGCUCAAAGCAUUGUUCAACUUUAGGUAACUGUAUCUAAAUUAAGUGUUUUUUUAUUUUUUUUAGCUUACACUUAAGUUUCAUAACAAUGUAGGGUUUUCGGAAAGAAGGAAUAAGUUCCAGUGGGAAAUAACAUUUGAUAUUUGAAUUUUUUUAAUCUAGGUACAAAUAAUCAAAGCAUUGCCUUAAAUUUUAAAUUACGUGCUUGUGUUGGCAUUAAUAGUGUUAUCUUAAAUUAAUUUUAACUUUAUAACUAAUUUAUAUGGAUUAAUUUUUGCAAUCCUUAACAAAUCUACCAAUUGGUUUGAUAUAAAUUCUGUAACCAUUUUAACGGUUUUUAGUAAUUUUUUAAUUAUUAAGAAGUCUUUAUAAGUUAUUUUUCCAUUCUUUUUCAUAAAUUACACACAAAAAAAGAAUUAAAUAUAUUUUGGAAAUGGUUUAAAAUGUGAUUGUAAUAAUUGUAUCAACCAUUGUUGUUUGUAUUUCUUUUCGUAAGUCUCUGUGAGAAAUGUCCUUGUUUUUAUCAUGUUGCUUGGCAUAAAUUGUUUUGAAGCAACUCUAGAUUUGGGAAGUGAUCACAAUUUGAUUUAAUCACGUUUAAGUUACAAGUUGUAUUUUCUCAUGUAAGAAUAGUCUUCACUCUAAAUGAUGAAUAGAUUGACACUUUUUUACGCCCAAAAUGUGACCAAAGACAUUGUACGUUGUUUUAUCCAGAGGUGAUUUACUAUUUUUAUUCCAAACCGUUUGUCAAUGUUUUUGUGUUUCCAACAGCAGUAGAUUGUCUAAGCGUGACCAGCUAUUUAAUACGCUUAAAUUGUACGAGUGUCGGUCGAUGGUCGAUACCCACCUACCACAGCAAACGCUUACCUCACCCAUGUUUAUAUUGUAACUAGAGGUGUGUGGGUGUAAGAAACUCUGGUUCGGUAUUCAAUUAAAUGUGGAGACUCGGUCGUUGCUACGAUGAAUGAAAACUGAUAGCUUUAAAUAUAUGAUGGUGGCCACGUAAAGCAACCUGAAACAGAAAAACUAAUGUGUUUGGGAGCAUUUUCAGGUCAAAAUACAACCCCUAACUUUGCGGCAAAAAAUAAGCUCCCCCUGUUAUCCAACGGCAAUCGAUUACCCUAGGCAACAAUUCGCUCCCUCACACCCAGAUCCUGGACUGUUUUACUGUACCAUAUCUUGUUUAGUUUUGGAUUGAUAAUACCUUGCAGUUGAAAAGUAUGUUAAUUCAUAGGUUUUCAUAAAUUAAAUAAGCAAGUAUCGUUGGUGCAAUAGGAAUUCAGAGUCUUGUCAGAAAAUUGUCAAUCCUGGCUAUAUGCAUAGAAAAAAAUACAAAAAAAUAGCAAUUCGAAAAUGUGCCAUCCUUAAAGAAUGAUAAGUUGUGAAAAUAAUGACGCUUCAAACUAAGUACAAGAAGGGGAUGCACACAAAUCUAUUUUUUUUUUACUUUUUGGAUGUAAAAAAAGUUUAACAGGUCCUUCUCAUUACUUAAUAGCUAGAAGUCACUAGUGUGGCCCCUCCUUACACCAGUUCGCAUAUAAAAGUAAAGUAAAGAGUUAAGGCGACCAGGUAGCGGUGAUCGAGUCACCAAAAGUGGCUGUAGCCUAAGCAAAAUUGUUCUUUUCUUAUAGUUAAAUAACUGUAACAAAUUUUACCGACCUAUCCCUUAAAAAUUUUUAUUUUACAACCCUUAAAAGUUUUUAUCAUAAUGCUACCCCUCCAAAAUCUGGCCUGUCUUUGUGUUCUCUGAGUAAACAAAUAUCUUUGAAAUUUGUCACUGAAACUAUUUGAAAAUUUGUAGUUUGUUUAACUAAAAUAAGGUGAUUUCAGAAAAAAUAAUUAAAAAAAUAUAAUGUUAACAAACACCAAACUUAAAAUCUUCUACACAACUAACAUUUUUUUUGUAUCCAUUGUUAAGUAAAAUUAUUAUUACUAUAAUCUUCAAACUUACAAUUCAGCUGAACACGUAUUUGAACCGAGCCAAAGUUUCUCAUCCACUCACCGAUAAUCGUAACCACUCGGACUUUUGAACCUAUCGUGCCUUUGUAGCCAUCGACCAUCGGUUUAGCGUGGUGAGUUUUAAAAUUAAUCGAUAAUAACUGUAGAGUGUUAAUAUUAUCGAUAAGUUGUUAGUUGCCAUCAUCACACGUUCUCGGAUCACAUCACUGAUCUUGCGUAGUACAAAGCGAAUGUACAUAGCGAUAGUCUACAGUGUGUAGCUAAUAUUAUUUUACGAUUUUCUUAUUUCUUAACCUAACUUAAUUGUGGAUGGUUUUAAGCGGCAUCUGGAACUCGUGCCUUUCAUCAUGAGACUUAGAAUCGAGUGCCUCUCUUCAGUGUCCGUCGGAAGGGCUGAAUAUUCUAAAGGGUAAUAUUUGAAGGUUCAGAACAUUUCGGAAUGAAUUCUAUAGGAAUUCUUGAUAGUUUCCCUCAGCAUAUUUUAGUACUUUCAUAUUUGUAGUUUGUUUUCUGCGUUCGUAUAGUUUCUCUUUGUACUGUGUCUAAUGAGUUAUCAAACGUAUAAGUUUGUUGUGCCUUUUAUUGAUUCUGUGCCAAAAGCGUAUUUUGUAAAAGCAUCCACAAUUAAGUAACUGAUGUAUAGCCUUAACAGUUAGUUUAUAGUAUUAUAUAUGAUUAUAUAUAUUAAUAUAUUCACUUCUUGGUUGUUAUACAACUGACAUUUGUAUGUACACAUACAGAUUGUUAUAAUAAUAAAAAGAGUUUGAUGGACCUG